AAUCAUUCAUCAACGCUCAGUCCCGUCCACACCCACCACCCCACAGCCCACAACAAACAGAGUGUGUGUUGCGUUUUCUCCGCUAACCCCUCCCAACAAAACCCUCUCCUCCGCCUUCGCAAGCAAGCCACCUCCGCCGGAUUCCUAUCGCCGUCGCUAUUCUUCCUCCCCUUCCCUCCGCUCGCCUCAGCGGGCCGGCGACGACGACGACCCGGACCUGCAUUGAUUUGUUUCGGGGUUAAGCAAUGGCAUUGUUGGACUGGAUUGAGUUGUCUGAUGACGAGGAGGUGACAGUCAAAGAAAAACUUCCUCCAGAAAAAGUCAAAGAAGAAUUUCCUCCAACAAAUGUCAAAGAAGAAUUUCCUCCGACAAGAGUGAAAGAAGAACUGGAUACUCAUAUACAUGGGACAGCGCAGUUGGAAGUAGAAAUUGUUGAUUUAACCAUAGAAGAAGCUGACGUUGAAGAGGAUAGGAAUGCUCACGGGAAAGGGGAUGCUGCUCAGGGGGCAACAACAUCACAUAGACAACAGUUUCUUGCACCUCAUGGACAAGGCGAGGCAGCUCAGACAGUGGUACCAAGACAAGAGUUUCUUGCUGCUGCUAAUGGUGUGGAAGAGUUUCUUGUAAUAGGUGAUGUUGCACAAGAGGCUAUGCAGUCUGGAAAUCAGGAUUUUGCUGCAGCAGUUGAUUGCGCAGAAGAGGCCACGCAUUCUGAAAAUGCAGAUGAAGCUGGCCCAUCAUUGUUUACAGAACAAGGUGCCGCGGCGGGUGAUUGCGGUGAAGAGGCUAUGCAGCCUGGAAAUCAGGAUUUUGCUGCAGCAGUUGAUUGUGCAGAAGAGGCCAUGCAGUCUGAAAAUGCAGCUGAAGCUGGUCCAUCGUCGUUUACAGAGCAAGGUGUUGCAGCAGGCGACUGCAGUGAAGAAGCUUUGCAGCCCGGAAUUCAGGAUUUUUCUGCAGCAGUUGAUUGCGCAGAAGAGGCCAUAUGCAGCUUGGAAAUCAGGAUUUUGCUGCAGCAGUUGAUUGUGCAGAAGAGGCCAUGCAGUCUGAAAAUGCAGCUGAAGCUGGCCCAUCGUCGUUUACAGAGCAAGGUGUUGCAGCAGGCGACUGCAGUGAAGAAGCUUUGCAGCCCGGAAAUCAGGAUUUUUCUGCUGCAGUUGAUUACGCAGAAGAGGCCAUGCAGUCCGAGAAUGCAGCUGAAGCUGGGCCAUUAUCGUCUACUGGACAAGGUGUUGUAGCAGGCGAUUGCAGUGAAGAGGCUAUGCAGUCUGGAAAGCAGGAUUUUGUCGCAGCAGUUGAUUGCGCAGAAGAGGCUAUGCAGUCUGGAAAUGCAGUCGAAGGUGCCCCAUCAUCGUUUACAGAAGGUGUAGCAGCAGGUGAUUUUGCUGAAGAGGCUAUGCAGUAUAACCAUGAAGACAAAGCUGCUGAAUGCUCGUCAAUGACACGACAAGCUGCUUCAUCAUCCUUGUCAAUGACAGAACAAGGUGCUACUACAUCCUCACUAAGGACAGCGCAACAGAGUCACAAGAGAGAUGCAUUGAUAGAUUCCCCUCCCAUCGCAACUGUGGCGCCUUUUCCCCGGCAAUUCUGGAAGGCUGGGGAGUACAAGGUUGCUUCCCGAGCUUCCAUCAACAAUGGCCAGAACUGCUUAAGGAUUAAUCCCAAGUUUCUUCACUCGAAUGCUACGUCACACAAGUGGGUAUUUGGUGCUAUUGCAGAACUGCUCGACAACGCUGUUGAUGAGGUGCAGAACGGGGCAACCUAUGUGAAAAUAGAUAAAAUGAAAUAUUCUCCUGUUGGAGAGUAUUCGUUAAUGAUACAAGAUGAUGGAGGCGGUAUGAGUCCUGAGUAUCUUCGACAUUGUUUGAGCUUCGGAUUCUCCAAUAAAUGCACGGAUUCAUCAAUUGGACAAUAUGGAAAUGGCUUCAAAACCAGCACAAUGAGGCUUGGGGCAGAUGCUAUCAUAUUCAGCUGCAGAAAAGCUAAUAGCAGAUUGACACGAAGUGUUGGGCUGCUCUCUUACACAUUCCUCAAAGGAACCGGCUGCGAUGACAUAUUAGUGCCAGUGGUUGACUAUGAAUUUGAUCCUUCAUCCCGCAAUUUCAAGAGGAUAAUGGACCGUGGUGAAAAACAUUUUUCUUCCAAUUUGUCCACUCUUUUGAGGUGGUCUAAAUUUUCUACAGAAGAUGAUUUAUUGAAUCAAUUUGAGGACAUGGGAUGCCAUGGCACAAAAAUUGUUGUAUUCAACUUGUGGCUCAAUGAUGUGGAUGAAAUGGAGCUUGACUUUACAACUGAUGAUGAGGAUAUUAUGAUGUCAGGAGCGCCUAAGAUACCAGAAGAACGCGCGAAAGUGAAAAGGUUGAAUCAUAUGCAUAUUGCAAAUCGCUUUCGAUAUUCACUUCGUGUUUAUGCAUCUAUACUAUACCUUCGUCUACCACAACACUUUAAAGUCAUCUUGUGUGGACGAACUGUUGAACCUCAUCAUAUUAUAAAGGACCUCAUAUACCGUGAAUGUAUCAAAUAUCGACCACAAGUUGGAACAAGCGUACAGGUUGAUGUCAUUACUUCAAUUGGCUUCUUAAAAGGAGCUCCACACCUGGAUAUCUAUGGAUUUAAUGUCUACCAUAGGAACCGUCUUAUUCUGCCAUUUUGGGCUGCAGGCUCUGAGAGAGGUCGAGGCAGAGGCAUUGCUGGGGUUUUGGAGGCGAACUUCAUACGACCUACACAUGAUAAGCAAGAUUUUGAGAAGACGGAACUUUUUCAGAGACUUGAGACGAGAUUAAAAGACAUGACAAUGGAGUAUUGGAGGCACCAUGCUCAUUUGAUUGGCUACCAGCCAGUCACAAAAUCUCUUCCUCCAGCAUAUUAUACAUCUAUUGCUGCUACCAAUGACAGCUCAGUAGCCCAAGCUACAGCAACAACUUAUGCCAGGAACUCAAGAGCCAAGGCAUCUGGAGUGUUGAACUCCCGUUUCAAUGGAGGUAACUCAUUAAAUCCUUUGCACGUUGGUGCCUUGAGGGAUCAAAUGGACUAUGGUGCAUGUUCUUUAGCAAGGAGAAAUAUGAGGACUUCAUUAUAUAUGCCAAGCACACCCCAGCAAACUGAACUCUGCAAAAGAAGAAACUCUGGCUCGAUGAUUGAAAUGAGGGCCCAAAAAAGGCACAACACGAAUGGCGAUGCUGACCACGUUGGAAGCGUCAAUGUUGUUGAGAUAGGAGAGGAAAGGAGCAGUCUCUUACUUUGUCAGAACAUGAUGCUAAAGGCCGAGUGUUCUGAGCUGGAGGCGGCCGGGCAGACUCUCCGAAGCAAGGCGGACAGGUUGAUGGGUGAACUCCGCGAGUGGCAACGGAAGCGGAGGAGCCUGACGGACGAGUUGGAGUUCUACAACGGCCUCAGCGCGAUACAGCGCAGGAUCCCCAUCGCCAGCACCUCCUCCAUGGGAGUGGGAUGGAUCUGACUGAAUGGCAUGACUGACAGACACCACACCGGCAGCGGAAGUCCAUAACUACGUACUAAUACUACUAACCCAACCUAUGGGGCGGUUUAAGCGGGAGUUUGACCCCUCGGGAUGGUGGUAGAACCAAGGCACCUGCAGUAAGUAGAUGUAUGGUUUGGCACUAGGUGCAUGGUAAGUAACAUCAGACGUUUUAUGUAGGAAGAAACCUCCUUUACGGUAGCGGUGGCGGGUCAAUAACUGAAUACACACGUAAACUAAAAACAACUCUCCCUCUAAAUAUGAUGCUACUGCAUAAACUGUAGCGGUGCACAUGAAUCAACUAGUUAAACUGUUUGGGAGGAAAUAAAAAAAGGAGAAGAUAGGACCAGCUUAACCAGCGAACGUUUGCUGGGGAGCAUGGCAAACUUUGUUGUCAGCGGGUUGCAGUUUUCAUCAGUAAGGAUGGCAAAUCCGUCUAGUUCCUUUUUUCUAGGAUUUGUCCUGCUUCUUGAAAGAAUUUGCCAUCCUUGCGACUACAUAAAUUGCUACAAGAAUUGUUCGUUUUGCCAUGACCUUAGAGAGAACAUCAGCACAGUAAUAUUACCGAAAAUUAAUGGGUGGUUAUUUUGUUUCGAA